AUGACUUACACAAACGGAAAUGCAAAUGGGCACAAUGGACAUGCCGCCACCCCCACUCCCGCAGCAACUCGGCUCCGAAAGAUGCUCACAGAAAGCGAUGAAUUGAUUGUCAUGCCAGGUGUCUAUGAUGGUUUCAGUGCCAGAAUUGCUCUAGAGGUUGGAUUUGAUGGUCUCUACAUGACGGGCGCCGGAACAUGUGCUUCAAAGCUUGGACAGCCAGACUUGGGCUUUGCCUCACUCAAUGACAUGAGAGAGCAUGCUGAGAUGAUUGCGAAUCUGAACCCCCGCAUCCCUCUGAUUGCUGACGCUGACACGGGCUACGGCGGACCCAACAUGGUUGCUCGCACGGUGGCGCAAUACCACCGCAGCGGUGUCGCGGGUCUGCACAUUGAGGAUCAGAUUCAGACCAAGCGCUGUGGACACCUUGGGGGCAAAGAGGUCGUUAGCGUUGACGUCUUUCAGCAACGCAUCAGUGCUGCCGCUGCCGCCCGAGACAAGUUGGCGUCUGACAUUGUCAUCAUUGCCCGGACAGAUGCUCUUCAGACACAUGGCUUCGAAGAGGCUAUCCGUAGGCUGAAGGCUGCAGCCGCUGCUGGUGCUGAUGUUGCAUUCCUUGAGGGCGUGACCACCAAGGAAGAAGCGCGAGAGGUGUGCCUGGCCGAAGCAAGGGAGCUUGGCUUCAGAAUCAUCAUCUAUCCCUUUGCAGCCCUUGCCCCAGCGUAUGAAGCCAUACGUAGCACAUACUUGCGAAUCAAGGAGACUGGCGUCACUGACAUUGAUCCGACUUUUACCCCCAAGAAGCUGUUCACAGUUGUAGGCUUGAAGGAGGCGACUGCGGUAGAUGUUGCAGCUGGAGGGCAGCUGUACGAAAAGGUGUAA